CUCCACAAGCAAAGUCAGUCUUCUUACAAUCUGUUCCAAACUCCCAAAACCACUCUCAACCCAAAAAAACCAUCAACCACAAUUCAUCCAUCCCAACGCCAAAAUGUCCACCACCACCACCGCCCCAUCCAACAAGAAAUACACCUUCGGCAUCCCCCUCUACAACUUCCAAGCCGUGGACGUCGUCGGCCCAAUCGACCUCAUCUACUCGACGUCCCGCGAGCUGCUCCUCGAGCUGGAAUCCACCGGCCUCAUGCCCCCGGACCUGGCCGACCACGCCAUCGACGUCGAAUUCGUCUACCUCGCGCCGACCCUGGAGCCCGUGAAACUCGCCUCAGGGCUGACCUUCAUGCCCACGGCGACCUUCGCCACCUGCCCGAAACUCACCUGCCUGCUUCUCGGCGGCCCGGGGCCUGAUUUCUUCAACCACAUCCCUGACUCGUAUGUGACGUUUCUGCGCGAGAAGCUCGAGGAAGUCGAGUUCUUGUUUACCACGUGUACGGGCGGGAUUGUGGCGGCUAAGGCGGGACUGUUGAAGGGGACCAGGGCGACGACUAAUUGGGAGUUUUUGGACCUCGCGAAGGCGGAGUGUCCUGGCACCGAGUGGGUGAAAGAGAGGUGGGUUGUUGAUGGGAAGAUUUGGACGGCGGGGGGUGCUUUUGCGGGCGUGGAUAUGUUUGAGUUUUGGUUGGAGGGGAAGAGAGGGGAGGCGUUGAAGGAGCUGGGCAGAAGGGCGUUGGAUUAUCAGCCGAGGGGUUUGGAUGGGGAGAUUUUGAGGGAUUAG